AUGGGUCCAAAGAUAGUAGAAGAAUUUCAAGAGAUAUUCAAAGCUGGAUACAUCCCUAGCUCUAUCAAUUCUACCUAUGUGAGACUAAUCCCAAAGGUCCCUAGUCCAAAGACAGUUGCAGAGUACAUACCUAGUGCUUUAUGCAAUGUCUACUACAAAGUUAUCUCAAAGAUCCUAACCAGAAGACUCCAACCAAUCCUACCUACAAUCAUAUCUGAGAAUCAAACGGCGUUCGUACCUGAAAGAGCCAUCUCAGAUAAUGUUUUAAUUACUCAUGAAAAUCUUCAUUACCUCAAGUCCUCUGGAGCUACGAAGCACUGCUCCAUGGCGGUUAAGAUGGAUAUGAGCAACGCCUACGAUAGACUUGAGUGGGGUUUUAUAGUUGCGGUCAUGGAAAGAAUGGGCUUUCACCCGAAAUGGAUUAACUGGAUCUUCCAGUGCAUAUCCACAGUCUCCUAUACCUUCCUUAUCAAUGGAUCAGCCCAGGGACGUGUUUCCCCUCAACGAGGCAUCAGACAGGGCGACCCUCUAUCGCCUUUCAUCUUCAUUCUGUGUAGUGAAGUACUCUCUGGACUCUGUAAGAAUGCAUAA